GCAGGGUCAGACUCGAAGCGACAGUUAACGGGCACACGUUUUCUUCUCUUGGAUUCCUUGAAAGUGAACUUCGGUUCUGUUACCUUUUCAUUUCUGUUUUCGUGAUUUAUUUAAAUCACGUCUAAUGGUAACUGAAUUGGAUACCUUUGGAAAAACGCAAAGCAGUUCAGCAAAGCUAGCUAGCUAACUAGUAGCUAGCUAGUAGCUAAACACGCAUAGCCACGAACUGAGCCUUGGUCGAGAGGCAGUGUGCAGUUUCGUUUGAUGGAUCCGAGAAUCGCCUGGUUUCAGCCAGAACAACUCGGACCUGCUAACAGCCAGUGGAUGCAGAUUUGGGAAACGACACAAGGUCUGGGGAAUCUGUACUUUAACAGCAAUUACAGCACUGGCUCUAGCACGGCAAGCCAGAGUCCUAAAUUAAACAGCAACGAGGGAACGGGAAACGUGAACGCGGUCAAGAACGGGUCUCUGCACGGAGGCACCAGCGAGGCGAGGAAUCAGGGAAUGUCUAACUCAAGAGCCGAAAGUGAAAUAGUGGAGCAACGGGACUUUAUACCUUUGGAGACCAAUAACAACCACAACAACCGGGCAUCGGGGAGGGGCGGCGGCGGUGGUGGUGGAAGGGGGUUAGUGGGUGGUGUUGGGAUCGUUGGUGUCUGGAGAGGUGGCUCGGACGUCGGACAUCGCAACAAAAGGAAAAGGGAUAACAAGGCGAGCACUUUUGGGUUCAACAGUAGCCUUCUGCUAAACAGCUCAGGGACCGAUGGGGUCGGGUGCGGUGGUGGCUACACGGGUACGCCUUGGAAAACGAGGAACUACUCUGAAGGGAUUUUGGGACUGCAUGAGGAGAUCAAUGACUUCUAUGAGUACAUGUCCCCACGGCCGGAGGAGGAGAGAAUGAGGAUGGAGGUGGUGGAACGGAUCGAGAGGGUUAUCAAGGAGCUGUGGCCCAGCGCUGACGUUCAGAUAUUUGGGAGUUUCAGCACUGGCCUCUAUUUACCAACCAGUGAUAUUGAUCUGGUUGUGUUUGGAAAAUGGGACAAUCUGCCCCUGUGGACUUUGGAAGAAGCUCUUCGGAAGCAGAAUGUGGCUGACGAGAACUCCGUCAAGGUGCUGGAUAAGGCCACGGUGCCUAUCAUCAAGCUGACAGAUUCCUACACAGAAGUCAAAGUGGACAUCAGCUUCAAUGUACAUAAUGGUGUAAAAGCAGCUGUGCUCAUCAAAGAGUUCAAAAAGAAAUACCCUGUGCUUCCCUACCUGGUGCUGGUGCUGAAGCAGUUCUUGUUACAAAGGGAUCUGAAUGAGGUGUUUACAGGAGGGAUUGGUUCCUAUAGCCUCUUCCUCAUGGCGGUCAGCUUCUUGCAGUUGCACUACAGGGAAGACGCCAGCAGUCCCAACGCAAACAUUGGUGUUCUUCUGAUAGAAUUCUUUGAGCUCUAUGGAAGACACUUCAAUUACCUGAAGACUGGCAUCAGGAUAAAGGACGGUGGCUGCUAUGUGGCCAAAGAUGAGGUGCAGAAGAGCAUGCUGGAUGGCUACCGACCAUCAAUGCUCUACAUCGAGGACCCUCUGCAGCCAGGCAAUGACGUUGGCCGCAGCUCUUAUGGUGCCAUGCAGGUGAAACAGGCUUUCGACUAUGCUUACGUUGUGCUCAGCCAUGCCGUGUCCCCCAUUGCCAAGUACUACCCCAAUAAUGAGUCAGAGAGUAUAUUGGGAAGGAUUAUCCGGGUAACACAGGAAGUGGCAGAGUACAGGGACUGGAUCACGAAACACUGGGGGGCCCAGGCCCAAAAGGAUGCAGCCUUUAAUGGGAAUGACGUGACCUUGCUGGUGGAGCCACAGCAGUUGGACAAGUGCAACAACAACCUGUCUGAAGAAGUGGUGGUGCUGCCUCCGGUGCCCCACAGCAAGCGCUCUUCCAACUCCUCAUCCCCACCCCCUUCCUCGCCCUCCUCCUCAUCCUCUACCUCUUCACCUUCCUCACCCUCCUCCACGGCCUCCAGCUCCAGUGAUGCUAUAAUUGGUUCUUCCCAGGACUCUGAUGGAACCCCCUGUAAGACAUUGAAGCAGCUGGGUGGGCGGGGCUCCAGUUCACACAGAGAGAACUCGGGGAGUGUACCCACACACAGAACACAGAGCCAUUCCUUUAGCAACCAAGCAGGCAACAUCAACAAGGGCAAGACGGGAACCAGGCAGUUUCGUGCCUCUAGUAGAAGUGUUCAGGGACAGGACAGCACAGGACACUUGAAUGCCACCUCCAGCUGCAAGACCCACCAAAGCAACAAGCCUCACCACCAGGGCAAUGGCAAGAAGAGGAAACCCCAGCGUGAGGCUGUGCACGAGGACUUUUGCAGAUAGGGGGCACCACCUGCUCCUUGAGACUGCCCAUCUUCCCCACAUCUGCUGCAGAAACUUUCCCCUAUGGGAUUGUUAGUAGUAUUACCUUUUUUUUGUCCCUUUAGGGAUACACGCGUUUUUAUAGAACCUAAGAAUAUAAAAAGGGGUGAGCUCCUGGGCUUGAGCAGACAUAAUGAAGGAUCUCUUAAUUUUGUAAUACAAACACACUGCCCUUCCGUGGAGCAGCUCCCACACUUACCAAUCGAUCCCCUGGCCCUUCUUGGUACCCCUUGAUGUUUAAGGGGAACAGAGGCUGCUGGAGAAAGACUGACCAUAGGAGCAGUCCCUGGAGUUCUAAACCUGAACGAUCAGCCACAGCAACACACACACAAAAAAAGGACGCAAUACAAAAUGUUAAAAAAAAAAAAGUAUUAUAUUGUA